AAAAAGCGGCGCACAGCAGCAGCGGCUGAGCAGGAGGAGCAGAUUUUAAAGUUUGAUGCCACAGCGGUCCGGACAGAGCGGAAACUCAUCCCUGCUGAACUCCGGAACCAGGUGUAGAAACCUGGCUCAGCUUCACCUGGAACAUCUGAUAAGUCCGAUAACGCUCUGCUGAGAACUGCUGAGGACACCUGGAACAAGCAUUUAAGCGGAUUCUGUUUCUCCAAAUAUUUUGUGCUUUUUGUUGCUUCUCAACUUAAAAAGAAAGGCUUCUUUUUUUUUUCUGAGGAAACCACCCAGAGGGGAAGACGGCAAAAGAAACGUAUUCAAUAUAUGACUGUACUGACCCACUUUUCAUGCUCCAGCUAGCUGGGUGAAGAGGAAGCUUUGCAUUUAGCAGGCGGCAUCAGAGAAGGUUAUGGGCCGUUUAACAUGCAGGGCCAUUAAUCAAGCGACCUCCAGUUCUAAUUAGCUGCCACACACGUACACAAACAGUUGCAUCUGGCUGCUGAGGUAGUCUGUUUGUAACAGGACGCAGACAAGCUCUGGAACCGCCGAACCAAGUCAGGUGUUAGAUGUCCUCCUGCAUUGUAUCGUCUCUCUCGGACAACACUGACCUUGGCGGAGAAUAGAGAUGUUUGUUUGUGUUUGUUUGCAUUAGCGGAAGAUGGUGUCACGCCCUGUGUGCUAUGAUUGAGUGUCAAAGACACCUGAUAAGCAGGGAGGAAGAAUUACUGCCUGAGGCACGGAUGCUCAAAUAAGAAGGUGGCUGAUCAUCAUCAGACUUUUAGAGUUGCAUCCUUAAAUAAGUGACACACAAACGUAGCUUGUGCUAAUUGCGAAGUGCACACGUGCGUCUGUCUGACGCGUUGUCAGAGCAGAUUAAAGCCAGACCUUUUGUAGGUCAUGUCACUUUGACUUACUUAGCUUUGACAGCAUCAAGUGGCCACCAGAAAAAAAUGUGUGACACAGCAAAAAUACCAACAUCUUAGACGAAUACAUCACAUCAGUCCGCCUGUCUGUCAAAUAUAAAAGUUGCAUGCUGACUUCUUCAUCACCUCUCAUGAACGCCUUCCCCUUCUUCUCCACACUUCAACCCAACACACCCACCAUCCAGUCGGUGUGUAAGCCCUGUCUCCGGGCCCCGUGGAGAAUGAACGAUGUACCCACCCUGGACUACGAGUCGCUGAUGUCCCCGGCCAGCUCCUCGCUGCCCAGCAGUCCAGGCAAUGGCGGCAGCAGCCCUCCCCUCGCCUUGGUUGCGGUGGACACAGAGCAGCGUACCGCCUUGGCCUUCGUAGGCCUCCUCCUGCUUUUCUUGGUCUUCCUGCUCGUCAGAUGCUUCAGGAUCCUGCUGGACCCAUACAGUCGCAUGCCUUCAUCAUCCUGGACUGACCACAAGGAGGGCCUAGAGAGGGGUCAGUUUGAUUAUGCACUGGUGUAGGCUACAGAUUACAUGUUUGUUUGCACACAGAUUUUUUUUUUUUUUUUUAGUUUUCCUCAGAAAGUGAUGAUACAUGCUGUAUUGUUGUAAAUGCACUAGCAGAUGGGUAGACCUUUUGUUGGUGUAAAUUAAUGCUGCAGGACUAUUUAUCUACAUCAAGUGUUGUUCAACACAGGAUUCACCUUGGCAGGCAAACCCUCGCAGUGCUGUGAAAAAGUAUGUACCCACUUGCAGAUUUAUUCUGUUUUUGCUUUUUGUUUUCUUGUCACAUUUUAAAAUCUGUUUCAUAAUUUAAAACAUUUAAUAUCGAACCAAGAUAACUUGAAAAAACUUAUUUAAUUUGUUUAGAGAAAAAAAACCUCUUAAAUCUAAAUAGCUUUGGCAGCAAUAAAUCUAAUUGAGCAUUUGCAAUAACAGAUGAUGUAUCUUUCUUUGUUGCAGAAUUAUUUUCAUUCAGCCAUACUGUACAGUUUUUAAGCAUGAAUAGCUUGUAGUGUAAAAUACCCAAGCAUUAGGAAAAGCCUUGUAGCCUUUUUCAAAUUGAUCAACUUGAAAACCUCUCUCUGAUCUGAUCUUGAAUGUCUUUAGAUUAGGGCCUGAUGUGACGUUUUUAGAGAUAUUUUAUCCUACUUCAUGUUGAAUUAUUUGGUGAUUUAUUGAUUCAACAGGUCUGAGAGGAAUCACGAUUCUGAGGUGACUGAAAAUGAGUUCACCUUUAAAAAAAAUUAAAUAAAAAAUGUUAAAAAAUAUUUUUAUUGUGACAGUGAAGAAGCAAAAACAAAAACAAAUCUGUAAGGGUUUUUUUCCCCACAGUACUGUAGAAACUGGACCUUUAAAAGACAGACAACAACUGCCUUAACCUGACCUACUGUAACAGUCUAUUUCACCAUCCAAACACAGCAUCACUAUUUUUAUCUAAGCUCAGAGAUUCUUGGUUGUAAACAAUAUUACUUUACUUCACAAACUCAUGCUGCUUUUUUAAUUCACUCUGUGCUUAAUGCAGACAGUUAAAAGAACUCAGGUGUUGGAUGGACUCAGAAAAAAGUUAUUCUUAAGCAGAUGGCCCUUUAACUAGAUCCGGUAGAGUGUCUAAGUUUUCACUUCUAAUCCAGGAGCUCAUUUUACUCGCUGAUUCUGAAUUUUUGAACAUUGCUGUGGCUUCACAUGUUUUCAAAAAUCCAUGCAAAUAGUUUCCAUAAAACCCUGACAGUCUAUGCUUAAUGUGUUGUGUCCACACUGAGAAGCCAUAUUAAAAACAACAAACAAAAAACUAGUUUGUUACUGCAUGCAGAGGGUUAUGUUGAAGGGUUAUGUUCCUGUUUUUGGCAAUGAAGCAAAAUGCAUCAUUUAGGACAAAAAUUAUUUUUCUAAUCUCGACUCAAGUUUUGGAGUCUCCUUUUUUCUAUCUUUUUGUCUCUUCCUCCUAACCUAACAUACCAACUUUUAGACAGAAACUUUCAAGGCCAUCAUGCAGCCUUGUUUUAACAGGAGGCAAAACAAACAGCUUUGCUUUUUGUGAGUGUGUUUUCUGACAGCUGGCUUUCUUUUUUAGUGCUGGGUUAAAUCGGUGAGAUAAGAACUAUUUCUUGCAGAAUUCAUAUGUGCUUAUCUGAGGUAGUAAGAAGUUCACAAUCCGUGUGGGAAAUUAAAUAAAAAUAAAUUCUACUUAAUACAUUCAA